AUGGCAGCCGCAUUGGGGGAUACCCCCAGUAGCUGGGAUAAUCAUGGAGAUAGAACAGAAGCUUCGGCUGAACAGGGUCAAACUCUGUCUCUCCUGAUGGAAAAACUACAUGGACGAGCUUCCCAGCACAAAACCUGGGCUGACAGCAUCAAGGCUGUCCGCAUGGCCAUCAUGAAUGAUAAGCGGCAGCAGUCGGAUGCUUUGGAGCGGAUGCACAUACAGACAUGCUUAGAUAAACUGCAUCGGGCCAUUAAAGUGGUGAAUCAACAGUCUUUACUGGAGAGGUUGGAAUCCAUAGCCCGUCAGCUUGGUCUCAGCUUCAGUGUGCCUUCCUCACCAGAGAAUCGUGCUGUCAUCAGCUCGGAGAUGUUCCGUGUGGAAAUUAUCAUGGAAACUGGGGGUGUAGUUAAGGAUGUCAAGGUUUUUCACAAUGGAGAUCCAACGAGUUGUGAGGAGCUUACAGAAAUAUUAAGCAAGGGGCAGUUUGAUGAGUUUGUUGUUCACCUAGAAGGUCUGCAGGAUAUCUACAAGAUACCGGGUGACAAAAAACAGAAGUCAAAGGCCUUCUUAGCCUUGCAUUCUCUGGAAACAGAUCUCAACAACCUUGCUCAGCUACAAAGUGCUAUUAAGGGGGUGGCCAACUGUAUCCACAAGUCACCGCUUGGAAUUCUGUUGCCUCGAAAGGGUGGAUGUCCAAUGAAAUUAAUAUACUUUGUUUCACCAUAUGAUCUGUUGGAUAAAAAAACCAAAUCGCCACAUCCUAUGACUGUAGAAGCUAUAACAGAGUAUGAGCUAGGCCAGAGUGUGACAGUGUGUAUAGAACCCUGCAGUCCUAAUAAGCUACAAACAAUACCACUGAUGAGUGUUGUCAAACAAGAUGGCAAGAGUCUUCCCUGCUUUCAAGGCCUUUCCAACGUAAACAGUUGUACCUUGUCUGCCUGUUUUGUGUUGGUCCUUCCCCAGCCAAUUCCAGUGGCCAUGUCCAAUGUGCAAUCUAUCCAGAGUGUAACAGAACUAGAUGUGAUAUCUGUUGGUGAGACGAAGCCCUUGUUACAACUCAUAAAUCAACGGGCAGCCAAAUCACAGAGUCAUAAGGAGGGCAAGGAAUUUUUUGUUACAUUGCCCGAUCAGCAGCAUGUAUAUUUUAUGAGUGACAUCAGUGGGUGUUCACUUGACCAGCCAGCCAUCAUGGUCAGCCGAAUCCCAUUCACACACCCAACUAGUGUGGCACAAGUCCUUAAUCAUCUUCGACAACAGGUCAUCUUUAACACUGUUAUAGAGAGUUGUAUUCGGCCUAAUGCACAACAGGAUAUCAAGAGUUCUGUGGUGUUUGAUUUAGCAGCAGCCUCAUUACAGAGUUUGACAGUUACGUUUGAGCAUCCAUUACAAGAUACUAUGGUAACAGCUGAUGUGGACUUGUGUGAUAUUACCAAUGUAAAGUUCAAAGUGUGUAUAGGUCAGGACGGUGAGGAACUCUGUUCGGAUGAUAUAGCAACAAAAAUAUUCCAAAGGUGUUUGUCUAUACCAGUCACCCUGCGAUCUGUAAUACACAAAGUGUCAGAAAAACUACGCAAGGAGCCCACACCAGAACCUGUGCCAACAAACAACCACAGAAAGCAGUGGCCCAACUUUCUACCAAUUCGCUACAAUCCUGUUCACAUUCAUAUGGACAAUAAACAGACAAAUCUACUACACAAUCUGUUGCCACCACAACAAGUGCCCAUCAAGAUGCAGCCAAAUAUGGCUGUACCUGUGGGUCUACCUCAGAACCCAGUGAUGGACACUAGUACCACUCCCACGGACGACAAGCCUAGCAGUAAUCCUCUCCUGGCUACUCUUCUGGACCAGGACUCUCCCAGUCCCGAUUCAUCUCCCGUCAACGAAAGUCCCAUGUUGUCCAAGUUACUAGGGGAUGAUACUCCAGCCCUCGCUUCAAGUAUCCCUGCACCACGUGCACAGAAAGCUAGAAAACUAGGCAAGAGACGCUCACGAGAUACACUCAGUGGACGAAGCCCUAAGCAUAGAGUGUCCGACAGUGAUAGUAGUAGUGUUAGUAUGGACCAUUUAGAUUCCAGUAUUUCAUUUGAUGACUUGCAUCAUCCUGGUUCUGGUGGAGGGGCAACAGGGGGAGGGAUGGGUCAUGCCCAUCCUCAAACCCGAGAGGGAAGUAGUUCAAGUAUGACUAUUGACCUUACUACACCAGAACCAUAUCCCAUGGAAUCACCCAUGAAAAAGCUGGAGAACACUUUGGAUAGAAUUAUACCCAAGGACCAACAACAAUACCAACAACUUCAGCAACAGCAACAACAACUUCAUCAACAGCAGCUUCAACAGCAACAUCAGCAGCACCAACAACACCAGCAGCACCAGCAACACCAGCAACAAAACCAACACCAGCAACAAAACCAACAUCAGCAACAAAACCAACAGCAGCUUCAAUACCCUCCGCAACCGGACCUGCAUGGUCGGCAGGAUAAGGAGUUGUCCAUGUUGUUAUCUGAUGGCAAGGAUGCAGAUAACAGAAAUUUUUACCCAACAUCUAAUGCCGGGUCAAAAAACGAGAUAUCGUCUACCUCUCUUGAGGCGCUCCUCAUAGGGUCGGGAGAGGUAACUAAGACAACAGAUCCAACCUUCUACACAAACAGUCAAACCAACCUUCGCGGGGAACUCAGAAAGGGACUGACAUCACCGGGAGUGGUUAGACAAAACUCUAAUCAAAAUGCUCAAAACCAACAUUCCGGGGAGUCGGGGGAACACAAUCCCUCUAGUGUUGGCUCUUCCCGCGGUUCAACUAGCUUUUCCCCUAACUAUAGUGAUUGUGACACUCCAAGGGAAAACAAUUAUAAGUCUUGUGAUAGUCAUCCGUACAGUCUGAGUGCAAUGUUGAGUAGCAAUGUUAGCAGUGGUGUUAACAAAACGGCAGCUAGCUUUCCCACCACACAGAUGGUGUACAGCAACAAUGUAAGUGUGCAACAGCGAGAUAUUAAACUGGAAAAGAUGGAAAAUUCUUCUUUACGAUCGCUAUUGGACGGAAAAAAUCGUUUAGAUAACAGUAUUGUGAAUAGUGAUGUGCAAAUAAAGUCAGAACGAAACUUAAAUCUGAAAUUAACAUUAAAGAGAGCGCCCCGUGUGAUGGAAAGUUCACCUUCACAUGUCAGUGAUGUGUCAUUGCCGAAGAGUAAAAGUACUGGAAUGUUUGACUUUCAAAGUGACGAUGACGAACCUUUCGAGAAUUUUAAGGAACGUCGGAAUAUGACAGUGAGUGUAAUCGCCCAGUCCCCUACCAGGCUUCAAAUUAAGCCUAAAAUGGCAAAUAUUUAUGAUUCAAACAGUGGCAAAAUAGACAAAUACAAAAAGAAUGAGCUCAGGCAUAGUAGUAGUGUGGGUGAUACUGGCAAGAGAAAACGAAAGCUAGACUCAAAGAAAGAGAAAAAGAAGCGGAAAACGGGAGAUAGAAGUAAUGAUUCCAUGGGAGAGGCAGCUGUGUAUACGACUUCUACGAUGGAAACAGAAGUGAAAAGUGACAAUUUAAAGGUGAAGUUUAUCAAAAGUGGUAGUAAAGUUUCAAUGGAAAGUAGUCCAAAGACUUCCUCCCCUUCCUCUUCUAAAGACAGAGAGAAAGGAGAGAGUUCGAGGAAGGCUUCUAAGGAACAUUCAGACAAGUACGAAGUGUCUUCUGUAAAGACUAAAUCCUCAUCAUCUAGUAGUCAAAAAUCUUUAUCUUCAUCACAUAGACACCGUUCAAUUUCUUCACCUAGCGUCACAGUCAGUAAAGCUGACUCAAAGCUCAUCACCAAAACACCAACGAUAAAACUGAAGCCCAUUACCAUGCCUCACAGCUCCUCAGUGAAUGUUCCGUCUGUCAAAGCUCCAGCUACCAGCUCCUCUUCCUCCAGUAAGAAUGCGCUCACCCCAACAUCAGCAACAAUUGGUAGAAUUGGGGCAGUGUCCUUGGCAACCUCUGGCAGUUCUAAGAGCGGGUCAAUGACACCGCCCCCAUCUGGGAAAUCCUCUUCAUCAACGUCAGUGAAAACGCCCCCAAUUGGCAAGGGGCCUACGGCAGCAUCUAUUUAUUCAAGCAAGUCUCAGACAUCGUCGUCUACCUCAGGGAAGUCAUCAGCAGGAUCCACCAGUAGAAAUCUCGCUUCGUCAGGCCGAAACUCUACAGGGAGUCUGUCCAAAGGGUCUAAUGGGCUGCCAUCUAGUGGAAACAAAAUUUAUUCCACUGAGAGGAAAGGUGGUUCGCCUUCACUUUCUGGUGGAAGAAAUACACCCAACUCCUCAGUAAAGUCGAGUAGUUCCCUGACAAAAUCGUCUACCUCAUCCAGUAAACCCCAGUCUGGGAGCUCAACCAAUGCUGCCAAUGUGUUAUCAUUUCUGAACACGAAUGCCAGUGGAAUAGCUAGUCUACCACCAAUCCCCAAACGAUCUGCAUCCUCAUCUUCUUCUUCUUCCAGCAAAUCCACAUCCACACCACUGUCCGCAGCAAAUCCUCCCUCAUCCACAGUUUCCUCUACAUCUUCAUACUCAUCACCCGUAAAUGCUACUGCUGCCAUGAAGUCCUCGAGUGCCAUAAACAGUAGUACAAGCACAUCAGUUUCCAAACCAAACAGUGUCUCUGGAUACAGUGGAGGCACAAACAAGACAUCCAGUGUUACAAUGACUACAGCUGGUGGUAAAGGGGGCAAUCCAAUCAACAAGUCAAACAACACCUCGCUUCCCAACCAGCAUUCUGUGAAUAAAUCGGUAGGCAACAGCUCUACACCCCCUAGUAAUGCUAAUCGUAGUUCAAACAGUUCCAAUGUGUCUACCAGGCCUUCCUCUGUGUCCGGAACAACCAAUGACACAGUCAACAAAAGCUCAAAUAAGUCAAGCAUUGUACCUUCAUCAAGUUCUAACAAUAUCAACAACCAUAGCGUUAACAACAAAAUCUUCCCUCCCAGCUCUACUGCACACAACUCCAGCAGUAAAUCUAGCAUUGCGCCUGUCAACAACAUGGAACGAGAACCUGUGAAGAAACCCUCGGUAAUAGCACCUGCCACUACAGUCAGCAGUAGUGGUGUUACUACAAGUGUUAGCAGUACAAUCAGUGGUAUUGCAGGCAAUGGGAGUCCUGUCAGCACUAUUGUUACCAGUUCAGUAGCAGUUCCUGCCAUGUCAGUCAGUGGAGGCAAUGGUGGCACCCCAGCUACUCAUUCCUCCCCUAGUAGUUCUACAGCAGGUACCUUGUCUGCUAGCGCAAUGGCCAAAGCCAGGGCCAGGAAAAGCUCUCUGUCUGCUGUCAUUGACAAACUCACAAAGUCCAGUCAGCAAAGUGUUCAUGUUAGCAGUGUCCCUGAGGGUGGAGAAGGAUCCCCGGGGGAGGAGAGGGGGUAUGAUGAUGCCUUCGAGGCAGAAACAGAGCUUCAGGAAGGUGGAACUGCUGCAAAAACAAUUAUAAAUUCCCAGCCUAGUGAGACAGGCAAAAACGCAAGCAGUAAGUCUGUACAGGGCAGAGGGCGAGCAGAAUCUAUAGACAGUAAAACUGUAUCCAGUGCUAGUGUGCAGAAAUCACCUGCUAACAAGACUUGUUCAGAUAGUCCCAGCAAAAAAGGAAGUGUUGGUGACAAAUCAGCUGCUCCACGGGAUGGACGUAGUGACUCUAGAAAUUUAUUCUCAUCAAUCAUGGAUAGUUUAUCCUAUGAAGAACAGACUUCCAAAGGUGAUAAAUCUGUUGGUGAAAGUGAUAAAACUGUAUCUAAUUCCAAAAGUAAUUCAUCUUCACAAGUAUUGAAUGUUGGCAGUAAUGAACGUGAGGGUGGAUCACUGUCACGAGACGUUGAUCACCCAAGUCCUGCUAAAAAGGCAAGAACUCAUUCUCCGAAAGCAAAUCCUAACAAAUUCAAUGGGGAAACAUCCUCCCCUAGAGAUGCGGAAAGAAAGAGUGACAUUGAAAAAGAUUUCUUUAAAGUGCCAACACCCAAGUCUAAUAGUGUAGAAGAGAAAGACUUGGAGGACACUGAGAAUUUAGUGGUGAGGAGAAAGUCGCGUACAAGUACAACCAGACCUGUUCUUAGUCCAGCCAGUCCUGCCAGUAGCCCUGAGAACCUUAUAAUUGACUGUCAGACAAUGUCUCCGCGUACACUUCAAAACAAAACCAACUCACCACAGUGUAACCAGGAGGUGUUGGUAGCUGACACUGUUAUAGAGAACAACAGAAGGAUUAACUCUGGCAUCAAGCCUCCCAAGACUCAUACACCAUCUCCUAAAUUAAAGGGCACACCUCCAACGAAUUCUCCCAUCACCGUGGUGACAAAGGACCACUCCAACCCCAGUUCUGUUUCAAAUCCCUCUCCAUGUGACAUUGACGAUGACCUUAUGAAUGAGGCCAUAAUGGGUUUUAACAGCUGAAUGUUUGACAAUUAACAAGGCGAUGUCCUAGUCAGCCACCUCAGUAAUCACUAUCAUCAGGAUCACAACAGCUGAAUGUAUGUUACUAAAAUAACGGUGUAAAUCUAUGUAGAAAAAAUCAGUUCAACAUAAUUUUUUCAAAAAAUGUUUUGUCAAACCAAAAUUGAUGUACCCAGUACUCAAAUAUUUCAAAUGUCUUAAUUAAUUUGACUCUGUUAUUGGACAAUGAAUCAUGAAUGUUAUAUAUGUAGCUUUUGGGCCUAAUUUAAACUGAAUUGGAUAAACUGAUAUCAAUCUGGGCACAUUAUUACACAAGUUUUAUAUCCUGGAUUUGGAAAAUAUUUAGGCCCAUUAAGGGAAUAAAAAGCAUUUAUCAGUCCAGUAAGAACUACUUGCAGAGGGAAUAUGAAGGGUAAAGCUGUUCUCCAUUCAGUCAAAUAAUAGUUCCUGGUUCGUUAUGAAGGGGUAUUGUCAUUAGGCAGGUACAAAGUGAAGGAGAAAAUGAUAGGGCAGGUUCUUUUGUGAUGAUUUGUGGUCGUCAGUGUUGUAAAAGUCCUAGGGUGAUGAGCCGAGUUGUCUGUGAUGUGUAGGCCCAGAAGUGAUGACCUGGAGUUGUCAGUGAUGUGUAGGUGAAGGAGUGAUGACCUGGAGUUGUCUGUCAGUGAUGUGUAGGUCCUGGAGUGAUGACCUGGAGUUGUCUGUCAGUGAUGUGUAGGUCCUGGAGUGAUGACCCGGAGUUGUCAGUCAGUGAUGUGUAGGUCCUGGAGUGAUGACCUGGAGUUGUCUGUCAGUGAUGUGUAGGUCCUGGAGUGAUGACCUGG